AUGCGAGAUACAGAAGAUUUUAUAGUUGGGCUUUUCAACUUCGACCCAGCCUUGAAUCAAAUCCAGACUAAGGAAAUGGGCUUAAUUUUUGGGUUCAGGCAAGGGGAUGUAACAAAACUCAAAGCGAUAAAGAAUGAAACUGGGUGGCUUAAAGCCCUUAAGACUUCAACUCGCUCUUAG